AUGACAUCUGCUAAUGCCGAGUCUGAGAAGAUUGAUUACUCUCCCGUCGGCGGUCAAGAGUAUCGUUGGGAAGAGGACAUGCCCAUGGUGGGCUACGACACUUCAAAUCUGAGAGUAUAUGAUGUCCAAGUUGAGAUUAAACAUGUGGAUCUAAGAGAAUCCUUUUUGUGCGGAUAUUUAAGGAUCCAGGGCCUGACAGAAGACCAUCCAACCCUAACUACGUACUUCGAGGGAGAGAUAAUUGGGACAAAGUAUGGCUUCGUCACGAAACACGAUACCUGGGGCGCAAGCGACAAGAUCGACUUUUCACACUGGUCCAAGUUUCCUGCUUUCCGACCCUUCUCGAAGCAAGCCCGCAAGGGCUCCUCGAUUGCCAUCAAGGACGUUGCACAACGCGAGCACAUCUUCAUGCGCUGGAAAGAACACUUUCUCGUCCCCGAUCACCGAGUCAGGACGAUCAACGGUGCCAGUUUCGAAGGGUUCUAUUAUAUCUGUUUCAAUCAGAUCAAGGGAGAGGUGAAUGGAAUAUAUUUCCACAGUAAGAGCGAAAAGUGA